CGAGGAUCGACUCGAUCUGGGAUCUACAGGCGCUGUCUGCAGGCGUGUGUGUCUGUGGAGAGAGAGGCUGGUCAGUCAGGUGACGUUUCCGUCAAAGCAUGAAGCAGCUCUGGUCUCACCUCAGCACAUCUGGUUCUGACUCUUCAAGCCAGACAGAACCGAGCCUGGACCCGUUCCUCUGCUGGACCGGUUCUGUUGCUGAAGUUCUAGUAAAAUUCCUCUCAUUUAGCCAACUGGGAAGAAUAACUGAAGGCUUUUUAUAAGACUGAAGAACUCAUCUCAACUCGUGUCAGUAAUGUUUAACAUUUUGUGACGAUACACAGGGCGACGCCCCCUGCUGGUCAUGUGACCUCUUCCUGUUGAUUGGCUUUAAAUCACCUUCAGCUCCUCCAGAGACAGAAACGCAGCGGCCGCCUCAGCCAGAAGAAGCUCUUGUUGGAGCAGCCGAGGAUUGUGGGAGUUGUAGUGCAGUUUUUUCUUCUUCUUGUGUUUGGUGACGGCAGCAGGAUGUUCGGCAUGCUGCUGCUCUGCUGCGCCUCCUCCGGUCUGCUGCGGCUGGCCACCUCCAUGGUCCACGGAGUCCGGCUGGACGACGGCCCGGCGGCCGCCUUCCGCCCCGACGCCGCCUACCUGGCUGACGUCGAUAGAGGCCACGCCCCCAGCCCUCUUCAAGAUGGCGGUCUCCUUCCUGUGGACUCAGAGGAAGACCGCUUGCUGAUGGAGGCGGGCUCCAACAAUGAGGACUUGUCUGCGCUGCAGCUGCAAGGCAGAGCCGUGCGUUCCCCUCGCCGUUGCAUCCCUCACCAGCAGUUCUGUCUGGGUUACUCGCUGCCCUGCUGCGACCCCUGUGACACCUGCUACUGCCGCUUCUACAACGCCAUCUGCUACUGCCGCCCGGUGGGCCACACCUGCCCACAGAGACCCACCUGAACCAGAGACCCACCUGAACACAUAUGCAGUUUGCUUCAGUUUGUAAUAAAGAGUUAAUGUUUGAUCAUCUC